AUGAGUAAUGUCACUCUCGCAUUACAUGAAUCACCUCAAUUGGACGCAUCACCUUCAGCAAUGGCAGGGCACAUGAGCUCGCUACGAAAAGCCUGUGAGGAGAUACGUCAAGCCAACCUGGGUCCGGUCGAGGUUAAGACUGGAUUUGCGAUGGUUUCACUUGUCGGUGAUGGGGCGGGUACUGAUGCUAGUUUUAUAGGAAUGUGCUGUGAUGCCAUUGCUGAGAAUGGAAUAUACAUAGAAAUGACUGCCAUGUUGGCGUCUAGACUAGGGCUAUCUCUUGUGGUGAAGGAUGAGGAGUUGCUAGCAGCUAUGAAGGUGGUCUAUAAGUGUCUGGGGGAUUUGUGA